UCACUAAAAACCUACACCGUAAAGCAAAAAUGCAGCCGAACACGUCAGCAUAGGAAAGUGUUUUCAGAUGUCUGUCUUCUUCCGCUGCGCAAGUGUUAUAUUCCCAUCCCAUUCCCAAAUUUCCUGUCAAGCAUGAUUUUGGAUACUCCAAAGAAGCAAGUCACAUUAUACAAGGCACAGGGAAGAGUGUGGGCAGUUAUGGCUGUCAUACUCACAGUGGCGUUUGUGUUAUUCGUUAACCAGUUUUAUAACACAGACAAGAAUUCAGUGGUAGACUUUAACUUGCCCUCCCGCUUUAAUGGUGACUUUGUGAUUGAGGGAACAACAACCCCUUCACCAUUGAAAAGAAAGGGGGAUUAUGUGAGACACAUAUUCGCCAUCGUCUUUGAUGCGGGAAGCACGGGAUCCAGAGUUCAUGUGUUCAAGUUUGCCAUGACACCAGGUAUGCCUAUAAAACUGGUGAAUGAAACAUUCAAACAAGUUAAACCUGGACUUUCAUCAUACGCAGAUGACCCGUUACAGGCAGCUCUGAGUCUUCAUGACAUGCUGGCCACUUGUAGAAACUUGGUGCCCUUGAGGCAGUACAGCAAUACGCCCCUGGUGUUGAAGGCAACAGCAGGACUGAGGCUGCUGGAACAUGGCCAGGCGGACAACAUUCUUAAUGAGGUGACUGCUAGUCUGAAGAAACAGCCAUUCAAGCUGCCGGAGGAAGCUGUCGGCAUAAUGGAUGGGGUCGAUGAAGGUGUAUUCAGCUGGAUCACUGUGAACUUCAUGCUUGGACGUCUAGGAGGGAGUGCCCAGCCACUUGCCGCCCUGGAUAUGGGUGGAGGAUCCACACAGAUAACCUUUGUUCCAUCUCAAAAGAUGACUUUGGACAGUGUUCCAGAGUCGUACAUGAAGAAUGUCAGUUUGUUUGGAAAAGAUUACCAUGUUUACACACACAGCUACCUGAACUUAGGCUUGAUGUCAGCUAGGUUUACCCUGACUGGGGGCGACAAACAUAAAGAUGAGGACCCCAGUCAUUUUGAGCUUACUGGGCCUUGUAUACCUGAGGGAUAUUCUGGAGACUACUCGUACGGCGGCAAGGUUUACAAACUCAGGGGAGCUAACUCCGACGAGUUCACCUACGCCAGUUGUGCAUCACAGACGGCAGUGUUGGUAGAGCCAGUUCUCCCAGUUCCAGAGCUGUCUGGCCAGGAAAUCUACAUCUUCUCCUACUUCUUCGACCGGGCCCAGGAUGCAGGACUUAUUGGCACAGAUGGCGGCACUAUAAGAGUUGGGGAUUUUAGAACAGCUGCAGUCAAAGCAUUUAAAAGCGGGGACUUGAAAAAGCCUUUCCAUGCUCUAGAUCUCACAUACAUUUACUCUUUGUUGAGUAAAGGCUACAGAAUAUCAGAUGAUACGACUGUGCAUUUAAAAAAGAAAAUAGCAGGUGUUGAGGUCAGCUGGGCCCUCGGCGCUGCAUUUGAAGUUCUGACAGAAGAAGGACUCCUGAGAUGACGAAACUCUCAAGCUAGAUAAUAGAUUAUAUUUAUAAGCGCAUUUGUUAUUCGAGGUAAAUAGUUGAGGUAUUGUGAUAGCCAUGGUAUAUUGUUGUUGAAUGCAGUGAAUGUUAAUUACCGAUGUAUCACAUCGCUUAUGACACAUGCAAAAGAUCUUAUCUCAUUAUUUUAUAUUUAUGUUCAUAAUCAAUAUUGAACGCUUUAAGAAAAAUGAAAUUUUUGGCAGUUUUCCAGAUCGGUUCUUUUGUGAGUUAUCUUACAAACAUGUAACAUAAUAACAUGUCAUAAAAAUACAUUUAAUGUGUUAAUUGUAUUGUUAAUUUAUUUUGGUUUUAACAUGUUAUUUAUUCAAGGUUUCAGCGCUACUUAAUAAUCAUUUCCAUUUAUAUUUUAUGAUAUAAAUUUUACUGGAUUUGUUUUAUCUUGAGUAUUCAUGUUCGUUUCACAACUGAUUUGUCUAUUUGUUUUGUUUAGAUCUGACCCAAAUAUCAUGAAAAAUUCUUUAAUCAAAUCUCAAUCUUAACUCAUUUUUCCACAAAGCAUCAUAGGUUAUUUAAAAUUGAAUAUGUUUUUAUUCUUUUUAGGGCAUUCUCUCAUAGAAUAUGUUGAUUAAAACUUAGGUCAAGAUUAAAAAAAAACAAAUCUACAGCAUGAAAUGAACUUGAGUAUGACCCAUUGAUUUUUUAACAAUUACUCAUUGGUACCAUUUUCGUGUUAGAAUUAUUUUCUAUAAAAUUUUACGAAACUUUUUAUCAAAAAAGAGUGAAAACAUACAAGAUAUUGAAUAAUACUAAGUUUUUAUGUGGUAAAAUGAGUUGAGAUUGAGGCUGAGAUUUUACUUAAUUUACAUAAGAUACACUCUCACAGAUUGAUUGUUUGAACAAUUUUUUUCAAUUUAUGUCUUUGAAUGAGCCAUUGUUUGCAUAAAUGUGUGGAGACCAAUGAUAUAAAACUGCUGAGGAAAGAGCAGAUCACAAUGUCCAUAUUUACGUUUGAAAACUGAUGUUUUAUCGCUAAAAGUGUAACUAAUGCUUAAAAAAAAACUCGGCAGUUUACAAAAAAAUUGAGAUUUGUUCUAUUGUGAGUUAUCUUAUCUGACUGAAUUAUAGCCACUGAUGCCAAAAUUAGCUGAUUCUGGGACAAUUUUUUGUUUUUAAAAAGAUCAAAACUGUCAUUUUAUGAGAGUGCAGCUUUAAGAUACAUAUGUACUAUGUAAAUAAUAUUUCUGUCCUUAAUCAUCAAACAUUUUUGUUUGUUUUGAUUUUUUGUCAAGGUGAAUAUUGAUGUUGAAUUAUCCACAUUUAUUUAUUCCACAGUAUAUAUUUGUGUACCGGUAUAUUGUUUUUAAGCCAUACCUGUGAUGACAAUAUUACUAUUGUGUUCAUAUUAUUACCUGUAACUUUGCAACUUUUUGCUGUAUUUACAUUUGGUAACAGAUGUUAAAAUUAGCUUGUCAUUUUAUCAAGCCAUUAUUAGUAAUGUUGCAUUGUAGGGCUUAUUUCGACUUAUGUCUGCAACAUAUCAUGUAAACUGACAAUGCACUACGCUACUGAAGCAUUGGAAUCGGUUUGGUUUUGUUCAAAAGAAAUUCUUCACCCAACACUAAAUGUGAAAACAAAACGUUAUUAUGUUACAUACAAUAAUAUAUCUUACUAGGUAAUUAUAAAAAGGUGCAUCAACUCCCCUUUUGUUACAUGGUAUUCGGGGUUUUAUACAGGUGUUAAUGGGAUACAGUAAUUUCAAUUUUAAACUGACAUCUUAUACACAGACAAUAGUGAAAUCUUACUUGUUAUGCAGGCAUCUUGAAGUGAAGGUGUUUUAGAUACUCGAGUGAUGAGGAGGUUGGCCCCCUCAUAUUUUAAUCAUAUUUACAACUGCGGGAUUUUUAUUAUGAUAUUUUAUAUUUACAUAAUUAUAUAUAAGUAUGAACUAUUGAUUUGAGUUUGUGAAAUGAUGUUUCAUGUUAAGCUUGCAGUGUAAAUUGUAAAUGAACUAGGGGGGAUUUGAGGGUCCGUAAGUUGCGUCUUGUCGGCAGUGCACUAGUACUGUUAUAUUGUCUGUAUGUUGUCUGCAUAUCAUGCAUUUAGUGUAAUUUAAAAUAAUCUUGUUUCUCUUAGUUUUUAUCAGAGUGCACAGUUGAACAAUCAAGUACUCGGGUAUUCUUUGCCACCCCUAAAAUAAAGACAUGAAGUAAAAUUCUACACACUUGUAAUUUAAUAUUGUCCAAAUCCAUAAAGUGCUUUUGUGUCCAGAAAAUGUGGUUUGUUUUAUAUGUAUCCAGAAUCAUGUUUACAUUUUUUGAGAUUAUGUAUAGAGGGGACAUUUAAUCAAUGAAUAAAUUCAUAACGUACAAUCAUUAUUUUUGAAUAAAUAUCUCUGAAUAGUGUUUAUAUUGCUUUCAAAAGUAAAAGAUUUUUUUGGUCAGCUAUGGCAAAUUUUUUUGAUUAUGCAAGUAAAAUUUUCAGUAUAAUUUGUGACACUCCCUUUGUAUUAAACUGAAAUUUGUGAUCUUACAAUAUUUUGUAAGACACUUUUUGAUAAGGUGAGGCCCCGUAGUGAACAAAUUCAGUAUUUUGAAAUCCUUGCCAUUCCCUGUAUGGUAAUGUAAUUUUUCUUUCCUGUGAUAGUUUGUAUUUAUUGUAAGCAUUGAAAUCUCAGCAACUGUCCUGUCUGUUAAUUAGAAAUCUGUACAGAUUUGUAGGUUUUAAUAUUUUUUGUUAAAAUACGGUCCAUUUGUAUUGCAUUAAAUGACCAUGAUGGGUGUUAAUAGAAGUUUGAAUUAAUUUGAAAAGGAACUAUCAGAAAAAAAGUAUUAAAACAGAUUUUUUCUCUGUUUCUAUUAAACCUUUUUUCUAUUUCAGUAUACAAUUUAAUGUUUUUAUGUUGGUCAGUGUUUGACAUUGGACAUAUUGGGCCACUCUACUAUGGACAUGUAUUUUUUAUAUUGUGGUAUUUCCAGCAAUAAAUGUAAAAAAAU